GUUGAAUUUUCUUAAUUCCUUUUAGUUAAGAAAACAAAAGAAAGUUCAAAAAAACAGAUUGAAAAAACAAAUUCAAAAUCAAAACGCAAGACAGAGAGAGAAAGAAAGAAACCACCGACCGCCUCACCUCCCUCUUUCUUUCUCUCUAAUUCAAAAUCUCGAAUCCUAUUCACCAAAUCAGAUCUUCUCAACUGCUAGGGUUUUACACAGCAAAUUCUUUAAUUCUUUGUAGAUCCUCAUUAAUUGUUGUUUAAAUCAUUUUUCUGAUUUGAAUUCGGAAAUGGAGGCGAUCGACGAGUUGGCGCAGCUAUCACAGUCGAUGAGGCAAGCGACGGCGCUGCUCGCCGAUGAAGACGUUGACGACAACUCGAGCUCUACUACUUCUUCUUCCAGUUCACGACGGUCUUCUACUUUCCUUAAUGUUGUUGCUCUUGGCAAUGUUGGUGCGGGUAAAUCGGCAGUUUUGAACAGCUUAAUUGGACAUCCUGUACUACCAACUGGAGAAAAUGGGGCUACUCGGGCUCCUAUAAGUAUCGAGUUACAGAAGGAUGGUUCCUUGAGCAGCAAAACUAUUAGUUUGCAAAUUGACAAUAAAUCCCAGCAAGUUUCUGCAACUGCUUUACGGCAUUCUCUACAAGAACGGCUAAGUAAGGGACCGCCAGGCAAGAGUGGGGAUGAAAUAUAUUUGAGACUACGGACAAGUACAGCGCCUCCCUUGAAAUUGAUAGACUUACCUGGUCUAGAUCAGCGAAUCAUGGAUGAGUCUGUGGUUAGUGAAUAUUCUGAGCACAGUGAUGCCAUUCUGCUAGUUAUUGUUCCUGCAACCCAAGCACCUGAAAUUUCUAACUCUCGGGCUCUCAAGAUGGCCAAGGAAUAUGAUGGAGAAGCUACCAGAAUUGUUGGAGUUAUUAGUAAAAUAGAUCAAGCUGCAUCAGACAGGAAAGCUAUUGCAGCUGUACAGGCUCUUCUGUUAAACCAGGGGCCUCCAAAAACUGCUGAUAUCCCAUGGGUUGCUUUGAUUGGCCAGUCAGUUUCAAUAGCUUCUGCACAGUCUGGAUCUGAGAGCUCUCUGGAAACAGCAUGGAGGGCGGAGAGUGAAAGUCUGAAAUCCAUACUUACAGGAGCACCUCAAGGCAAGCUAGGUAGGAUAGCUCUGGUGGAUGCUUUGGCGCAGCAGAUUCGCAGGCGCAUGAAAGUCCGGCUUCCGAACCUCCUAUCUGGGUUGCAAGGGAAGUCUCAGAUAGUUCAGGAUGAAUUAGUAAGACUUGGGGAGCAGAUGGUUGAAAGUCCUGAGGGCACAAGAGCUAUUGCAUUAGAACUUUGCCGUGAAUUUGAGGAUAAAUUUCUCCAACACAUGACUACUGGUGAGGGUGCUGGCUGGAAAAUUGUUGCCAGUUUUGAAGGAAAUUUCCCCAAUAGGAUUAAACAGCUACCUUUGGACAGACAUUUUGAUAUCAAUAAUGUCAAGAGGAUUGUAUUGGAAGCGGAUGGUUAUCAACCAUAUCUCAUCUCCCCAGAAAAGGGUUUGAGAUCUUUAAUAAAGGGUGUCCUCGAGUUGGCAAAAGAACCAUCACGGCUUUGUGUUGAUGAGGUACAUCGUGUGCUGGUAGAGAUAGUCUCUGCUACUGCAAAUGCUACUCCAGGCCUGGGAAGAUACCUUCCUUUCAAGAGAGAGGUUAUAGCUAUUGCAACUACUGCUUUAGAAGAGUUUAAGAAUGAAGCAAGGAAGAUGGUUAUUGCACUAGUCGAUAUGGAGCGAGCAUUUGUUCCUCCUCAACACUUCAUUCGUUUGGUACAAAGAAGGAUGGAAAGACAGCGCCGGGAGGAGGAGCUCAAGAAUCGACCUUCUAAAAAAGGACAUGAUGCUGAGCAAGCAAUACAGAACAGGGCAAGUAGUCCACAAACAGGGGGGCCCCAAAUCGGGGGAAGUUUGAAAUCAAUGAAGGAGAAACCCAAUCAGACUGAAAAAGAAGCGCAGGAGGCCUCUGGUUUAAAGACUGCGGGUGCAGAAGGGGAAAUAACUGCAGGUUUUUUAUCGAAGAAAAGUGCAAAGAAAGAUGGAUGGAGCAAGCGAUGGUUUGUUUUUAAUGAGAAGACUGGGAAGCUUGGUUACACGAAAAAGCAAGAGGAGAGACUCUUUCGCGGUGUCAUCACUUUGGAGGAAUGCAAUAUUGAGGAGGUUCCAGAUGAAGAAGAAGAGACUAAAAAGUCCUCAAAGAGCUCAAAGGAUAAGAAGGCCAAUGGCCCAGAUUCUAAAGCACCCAGUCUUGUCUUCAAGCUAACCAGCAAGGUCCCAUAUAAAACUGUUUUGAAAGCACACAGUGCUGUUCUCUUGAAGGCUGAGACUAUGGCUGAUAAGGUUGAAUGGAUUAAUAAGUUCUCCAAAAUUGCACAAGCUUCAAAAGGACAAAUAAGAAAUGCAUCACCUGAUGGUGGUCUUACCAUGAGGCAGAGUCUUUCUGAUGGUUCUUUAGACACUAUGACUCGAAGACCUGCUGAUCCUGAAGAAGAGCUCCGAUGGAUGUCUCAAGAAGUGCGUGGUUAUGUUGAAGCAGUACUGAAUAGCUUGGCUGCUAAUGUUCCAAAGGCAGUUGUUCUUUGCCAAGUUGAGAAGGCCAAGGAAGAUAUGCUAAAUCAGUUGUAUAGCCGUGUAAGUGCUCAAAGCUCAGUGAGGAUUGAAGAACUGCUUCAGGAGGAUCAGAAUAUGAAGCGAAGGAGAGAGCGUUACCAGAAACAGUCCUCUCUUCUUUCUAAAUUAACUCGCCAACUCAGCAUUCAUGAUAACAGGGUGGCAGCUGCUUCCGAUUGGUCUAACGGUAAUGGAACAGAAAGCAGCCCCAAGACAAAUGGUUCAGCAAAUGAUGACUGGAGAUCCGCAUUUGAUGCAGCUGCUAAUGGUUCUGUGGACUAUGCUUCAUCUCGAUCCACAUCAAAUGGUCACAGCCGGCAUUACAAUGACUCGGCACAGAAUGGUGAUAGAAGUUCUGGUUCCAACUCGAGCAGUCGGAGAACUCCUAACCGGGUCCCACCUGUUCCCCCCCAGUCUAGUUCUGCAGUUUACAGGUUUUAACAGAGAACUAACUAGUUUUCAUUGAGAAUUUAUAUUUUAUACACUUUCAUUUUUGGCGGGUGAAAUUCCAUGAAGCCCACUCCCAGAUAUGAUCAUUUUGGUCAUUAUAAAAUUCAUUUUAGAUUUUUUUAGAGGAGAGGGUGUUUGUGUAUAUAAGAUUACAGUUCCUCAUAAUUACGGCUUUGCCUAGUUAGAACAGCGGAUUCAAGGUGUUCUUGAAAUCCAUUUGUCAUAUUUUUCAUAUACCGUAUUCUUUUCUUUUCCCGCUUGAUGACUACAUUUUUAUUAUUGUUAUUUCUUCUCAUUUUUUGA